GUGUGGUUCCGGAACGUAACUUGUGUUUUGGGAGUCCGUAGCGGUGUCAUUUAUUUCUAUGGUGUCGCUCAGAAAAACGAAGAGUAAAUGACUUUGCAAUUGUAUUUGCAAACGUGAUUUUUCUCCAGAGAACUGAGUUGACAGUGCUUUACCGAUGGCGGAGAGAGAGGAGCGGCGCUUUGCCGAGGUACCGCGGGAGUCUGUGAAACUCAUGGCGGAAAGCGCAGGCGUGGAGCUUAGCGAUGAGGUCGCUGCGCUGUUGGCGGAGGACGUGUGUUACCGACUGAGGGAGGCUACACAGAGCAGCUCCCAGUUCAUGAGGCAUGCCAAGCGCAGGAAGCUGACUGUGGAGGACUUUAACAGGGCACUGCGCUGGAGCAACGUGGAGGCUGUCUGUGGAUAUGGAGCCCAGGACGCCCUGCCCUUCCGCCCCACUAAGGAAGCGGAGCUGUUCUUCGUGGAGGACCGUGACAUCAACCUGGUGGAGCUGGCGCUGGCCACCAACAUCCCCAAAGGCUGUGCGGAGACCAUGGUGCGAGUGCAAGUGUCCUACCUGGAUGGGAAGGGAAACGUGGAGCCUCAAGGCACAGUGCCCAGCGCGGUUCAGACUCUGUCGGAAGAUCUGCUCAAGUACUACCAGCAGAUCACCCGUGCCAUCCUGGGAGAGGACCCCCACCUCAUGAAGGUUGCUCUGCUGGAUCUCCAGUCCAACUCCAAGAUAGCAGCUCUGCUUCCAUACUUUGUAUACGUCAUCAGCGGGGUGAAGUCGGUGAGCCACGACCUGGAGCAGCUGAGCCGGCUGCUGCACAUGGUGAAGAGCCUGGUGCAGAACCCGUACCUGUACCUGGGCUCCUACGUGCGCAGCCUGGUGGCCAGCGUCAUGUACUGCAUCCUGGAGCCGCUCGCCGCCUCCAUCAACCCGCUCAACGACCACUGGACCCUGCGCGACUACGCAGCCCUGCUGCUCAGCCACAUCUUCUGGACUCAUGGGGACCUGGUGAGUGGCCUGUACCACCAGAUCCUGCUCUCUCUCCAGAAGGUUCUGUCCGACCCGGUCCGGCCUCUCUGCUCCCACUACGGAGCGGUGGUGGGGCUCCACGCGCUCGGAUGGAAGGCUGUGGAGCGUGUCCUGUAUCCCCACCUCCCUGCGUACUGGGCCAACCUGCAGGCUGUGCUGGACGACUACUCCGUCUCCAACGCCCAGGUGAAGGCCGAUGGACACAAGGUGUACGGGGCCAUCCUGGUGGCAGUAGAGAGGCUGCUGAAGAUGAAGGCGCUCUCCCUGUCCUCGCGGGCGGAGGGUGGCUCGGGCGGGCUGGCGGGGGCAGGGGGGGUGAUGGGGCUCAGGGAGAGCUCCCCGGGGCUCAGCCCCCCUCCGGAGCCGCUGGGGGAUCCGGGCCUGGGCAUCGCCAGCCACCUGCAGGCGGGCGGGAGCGGCUGCCCGUGGGAGGACUGCAGCCCCGUGGCCCUGCCCGCCAUGUACGGCGAGCUCUACUCCUUCUUCGGGGACAGCCUGGCGGUGCGCUUCAGCACGGGCCCGCCCACCGGCCCCGCCCUGACCUCCGACCCCCGCAAGGACCCGCCCCCCAGCGGCGACACCGCCCGCAAGAUGCCCCAGCUCACCGCCAGCCUCAACAUCAGCCCCCGCCAGGACAACAGCCCCCGCGCUGAGCCCGCCCCGCCCAGCCUGGCCGCCACGGCAACCGGCAGGUCUCUCCCUCGCUCCUCCUCCUCCUCCUCUUCCUCGGUGCAGCGCUCCAGGUCGUCCUCCCGGCCGGGUCAGCGCUCCACGGGCCCGUCCCGCGACGUCUUCCCCAAGGCCCGCUUCCCGCCGCCUGCCUUCUCCUUCCUCAUCGGAGGCCGGCAGAUGGGCCGCCGUUGCCAGGGCCGACGCUUCCAGACCAGCUUCACCCCCCCGCCGCCCCUGGCCCCCCUGCCUCCCCGCGCCUACGCCCACAAGCUGCCUGUGAUUGGCCGAGUGGGCCGGCCUGUGCGCCGCUGGACCUGUUCCCAUUACUCCCUCCACCUGCCCCUCUAAGCCCCGCCCACUCACGUAUCUAAGCCCCGCCCACUCCAUUAUGCCCUCUACCUGCCCCUCUAAGCCCCGCCCACUCACUUAUCUAUGCCCCGCCCACUCCAUUACUCCCUCCACCUGCCCCUAUAAGCCCUGCCUAUGUGCCUCUCUAACCCCCAGCCCACUCUCCUGUCUAAGCCCUGCCCACCCUGUUACUCUCUCCACUUGCCUCUCUAAACUCCACCCACCCCAUAAGCUUUUACUACUCUCACUACCUGCCCCUCCCACACCAUUACUCCCUCCACUGGCCCGCCCCCUGUCUCUCUAAGCCCUGCCCACUGGCACGCAGGAACAGACUGCCUGGCCAAGCAGCCCUGGGAGAAUAACAGAGCCAGCUCUCCUCUACACCAGGCUGGAGCAUCCAGUCAAAGCCUGGCUCCCAUCUACUCCCUCACUAAAGUGGUUUCGUACAACAUGACUUUCUUAAAAACAUUCACGGGACUGUUUUCUAGAGCUUGCUUUCAUUAAGGCUUUAGGUGUGGUACAUUAAAUCAUUGAUGAAGUGAUGGUUUGUAAACUGCCCAAGGCCAGUUACUGAUCUUUGAUUGUGGAUGGGUACAGAGUAAGUGUUAAUCUGUACUCAUUGAACAAAGAGGGUGGUUCGUAAAUAUAUAUUUUUGCUCAUUUUCUGAUCGCAUACUUCAGAGAUGAUGGACAAUGUACAUUGUAGCAGGGCAAAAUUAACCAAUGGCACUAUGUCUGAGUGUGGAUAUUUUGACCUGCAUGUUCUUUUUGUGAAUGCUGUUUUGGGAAGGAACACCAGGUAAAUGGACGAUAAAUGGCAAAUAUUUGUUUAGCAA